UCUGAUAAAAAUUUAACCCACUAUCAAAUCUUGGGCAUACCCAAAUCAUCCACAAAAUUGCAAAUCAAGAAAAAAUUCAAAACUCUAUCAAAGACCUACCAUCCUGAUAUCAUAAACAAUAACCCAAAUUUAAAUCUCUCUGAAGAUCAAAAAACUUUAAAUAAUGACAAUUUCAUCAAAUUAGUAAAUAGCUAUGAAGUUUUAAGUGAUGAUAGCUCAAAAUUAACUUAUGAUUUAUCUCUAAAUAAUUUCACGACGUCAACUGGAAGAUCCGAUUAUGACAUUCAAAAAAAUAAAUAUUAUUCAAAUGCUAAAAAUUAUUCAAUGAAAAACCGUUCAUAUCCCAGUGGCACCUAUAAUUUUAAAAAAACUAACUAUUCAAACCAUUCCCAAAACUCUUCUCAUUUUACUGGAAAGCCAAAUUCUGGCUCAAACUAUGAUGUUCCCCAUUUCGAUUACGAUAAGCAUUUAAAGACUCAUUUAAAAUUUGAACAAAGAUUAAUGAAUAAAAAAAUUAAC